AUGGUGGAGGACGGCGCGGAGGAGCUGGAGGACCUGGUGCACUUCUCCGUGUCCGAGUUGCCUAGUCGCGGCUACGGCGUCAUGGAGGAGAUCCGGCGGCAAGGCAAGCUGUGCGACGUGACGCUCAAGAUUGGGGACCACAAAUUCAGUGCCCACCGGAUCGUCUUAGCAGCCUCAAUCCCGUACUUCCACGCUAUGUUUACAAAUGACAUGAUGGAGUGCAAGCAGGAUGAGAUUGUAAUGCAAGGAAUGGACCCCAGCGCCCUGGAAGCUCUGAUCAACUUUGCCUACAACGGCCACCUUGCCAUUGACCAGCAGAACGUGCAGUCGUUGCUGAUGGGGGCGAGCUUCCUGCAGCUGCAGAGCAUCAAGGACGCCUGCUGCACGUUCCUUCGAGAACGUCUCCACCCCAAAAAUUGCCUGGGUGUCCGCCAGUUUGCUGAGACCAUGAUGUGCGCCGUGCUGUACGACGCGGCCAACAGCUUCAUCCACCAGCACUUUGUGGAGGUGUCCAUGUCAGAAGAAUUCCUGGCCCUGCCCUUGGAAGACGUGCUCGAGCUGGUGUCUCGGGAUGAGCUGAAUGUAAAGUCAGAGGAGCAGGUCUUUGAAGCUGCGUUGGCCUGGGUCAGAUAUGACCGGGAGCAGAGGGGGCCCUGCCUGCCCGAGCUGUUGUCCAAUAUCCGCCUGCCCCUCUGCCGGCCCCAGUUCCUGUCAGACCGCGUGCAGCAGGAUGACCUGGUGCGUUCCUGCCACAAAUGCAGGGACCUGGUAGACGAAGCAAAGGACUAUCACCUCAUGCCGGAGCGCCGGCCCCACCUGCCGGCUUUCAGAACUCGGCCUCGCUGCUGCACGUCCAUCACGGGCCUUAUCUAUGCCGUGGGGGGCCUCAACUCAGCAGGUGAUUCCCUGAAUGUGGUGGAAGUGUUCGACCCCAUCGCCAAUCGCUGGGAGAAGUGCCAUCCCAUGACAACAGCCCGCAGCCGCGUCGGUGUGGCUGUGGUGAACGGGCUUCUCUAUGCCAUCGGGGGUUAUGAUGGCCAACUACGGCUAAGCACUGUGGAGGUCUACAACCCAGAGACGGACACGUGGACCAGAGUGCGGAGCAUGAAUAGCAAGAGAAGCGCCAUGGGGACAGUCGUGCUGGAUGGGCAGAUCUACGUCUGUGGGGGCUAUGAUGGCAACUCUUCUCUCAGCUCUGUGGAGACCUACUCACCUGAGACAGACAAGUGGACAGUGGUGACCCCGAUGAGCUCAAGUCGCAGUGCUGCUGGGGUGACGGUGUUUGAGGGCAGGAUAUAUGUGUCGGGUGGCCACGACGGUCUGCAGAUCUUCAGCAGCGUGGAGCACUACAACCACCACACGGCCACCUGGCACCCAGCCGCCGGCAUGCUCAACAAGCGCUGUCGGCACGGAGCCGCCUCCCUGGGAAGCAAGAUGUUCGUCUGUGGGGGCUACGACGGCUCUGGCUUCCUCAGCAUCGCGGAGAUGUACAGCUCCGUGGCCGACCAGUGGUGCCUGAUCGUCCCCAUGCACACACGCCGGAGCCGGGUCUCCCUGGUGGCCAGCUGUGGGCGCCUCUACGCCGUGGGGGGCUAUGACGGACAGUCGAACCUCAGCUCGGUGGAGAUGUAUGACCCAGAGACGGACUGCUGGACGUUUAUGGCCCCCAUGGCAUGUCACGAGGGAGGGGUUGGUGUGGGCUGCAUCCCUCUCCUCACCAUCUAAGGCAGAGGGGGGGCUGUGGCGGGGUAGGGAUCUGGUACAAACAUAGGCACUCCCUUCCAGGGACAGGCCCUCUUGGGAGAGGUGGGAGACCAGAAGAUGGGGUGAAUGUGAGCUCACUGGGGGUACAGCUU